AUGCCUCGGGGCCAGAAGAGCAAGCACCGCGCCCGAGAGAGACGAGAGAGACGCCACCAGGCCCAAAGCGAAGCCCAGCAGCUUAAGCAACCGGAGGCCACCACCGCAGCAGAGGCAUCAGAACCCUCGACUUCCUCUGCAGCAGUCGGGGGUGCUUCCCCCAGCUCCUCUACUUCUGGUUUACCCCAGGAGCCUCAAAGGGCCCGAUCCUACACCACUCGGGGUGGGGCCCAUGGCUCUGGCAAAAGAUCUGGUAAAGGUGCCCAGAGGCAGGGGAACAAAAGGCAGAAUUCCCCGGGGGUUGCUGGAGCCCCUGAGAGUGCAAGGAGCACAAGCAGAGAUCCUGUAAGCAGGAAGGCAGGAAUGCUGAUGCAGUUCCUACUGUUCAAGAAUAAGAUGCAACAGCCCAUUAAGAGGGUAGACAUGCUAAAGCUUGUCACCAGAAGGUUCAGGCAGCAAUUCUCAGAUAUCCUCAAGAUAGCCUCUGAGCGUCUAGAGCUGGUCUUUGGCCUGGAGUUAAAGGAAGUAAAACCCAGGGGUCAAAUCUAUACCCUUGUUGCCAAGCUAGAGGACACCAGUGAAGGAGGCCAAGAUAGUGUCCGGGGUUUCCCCAGGAAUGGGCUGCUGAUGCCCCUCCUGGGUGUGAUUUUCUUAAAUGGCAACUCUGCCACUGAGGAAGAGAUCUGGCAAUUCCUGAAUGUUUUGGGGGUAUAUGAUGGGAAGAGUCAUGAAAUCUUUGGGGAGCCCCGAAAGCUCAUCACUGAAGAUCUGGUGAAUGAAAACUACCUGGAGUACCAACAGGUGCCCAACAGUGAUCCUCCUUGCUACCAAUUCCGGUGGGGUCCUAGAGCUUUCGCUGAAACUAGCAAGAUGAAAGUCUUGCAGUUUUUGGCCAAGGUCAAUAAUACUGAGCUCACAGCCUUCCCAACCCUUUACGAAGAGGCUGUGAGAGAGGAGGAGGAGAAAGCCCAAGUCCAGGCCGCAUCUGGCACUGCAACAAAGGCAUGUCGGGGCCCUAAGGCCAAGGGGGGCAGCCGUUCUCAGCAGCAGUGA